UGCUAAACGUUGAGUUCAUUUACGGCCCCUACGCACCCGAUAUGCGGUAUGCUCUUCAUGAUGCAUCUCCGGGCUUCAUAUCUAUGCGUCAAAGUUGACAUUGGAGCCAAAACAAAGAAAAAAAACCGCUUUGUGGCUCGUAAUCUCUGGAUCUUCAGAAUCGAUAACUUGUUUAUGGAUUGUUGCCGAUCGUAACGAAGAUUUGGAAAUGGAAUCAGAUAUAGAACAGAAGGGCAGCAUGAUGAUUGAGCUAGAUGUUCCACAUAACAAUCAGAUUGAUCCAGUAAAAGCUCGCUUUCCAUGCUGCAUUGUAUGGACACCGCUCCCGGUUAUUUCGUGGCUCCUUCCUUUCGUUGGUCAUGUUGGGAUAGCCAGAGAAGAUGGGGUUAUCCUUGAUUUUGCAGGGCCUAAUUUUGUCUGUGUAGAUGAUUUUGCGUUUGGAUCUGUGUCUCGGUACAUCCAAAUUAGCAAAGAAAAGUGCUCCAUAACUUCACAUCCUUCAACAACAUACAGAAGUGAAGAAGAGCACAUGCUAGUAGAAUCAGGAACAAACCAAUACACAUGGGACGACACCUUAAGAAAAAGCACACAAGAAUACCAACACCGAACCUACAACAUCUUUACCUGCAACUGUCACUCAUUCGUAGCCAACAAUCUAAACGGGUUGGAGUUUCAAGGCGGUGGGUGGAACGUGGUGAACUUGGCAGUACUCAUAUUGUUGAAGGGUCAAUGGGUAAAUACCGCAUCCAUGAUUCGAUCUUGUUUGCCAUUCGCGUUAUUGUUCUUUAUUGGAAUUACAUUUGGAGGGUCAAGCUUUCUAACAUUCUUGGCUUUCUUUGCGUUUCUUCUUGUUGGAUGGUUUGUUUGCGGUUCGUAUUGUUUCAAAAACUUCAUACAACUCUAGUAGAUCUUGUACAAGUUUAUAUUCCGCGAAUUGUGUUGCACCUUUGUAACUGUGCCAUGUACAGAUUAUGUGGUACAUAUAAUGUUCAACCUCAAUGAGAGUACAUAAUUCUCCAUCA